UCCCGGCCCGGGACACAAGAUGGCGGGAGCGGCGCUGGGGAGGGCGAGGCGGAGGCGGCAAAACGGGCAGCCGAGCAAAACGUGUAGCCGCAUCCCCUCGAGUCCGCUUCAGGCAGUUGCUGAUGCAAGGAAUUCCCUGGGGCCCCGUUCACUCCACUGCUGACCAGCCCACCCACGUGCUGAGUCUUUCUGCAGGCCUCCCCCCUGCCUCUGUGGGACACUGUGACGUGGGUCUAUCCGGCUGGAGAAGAAAACCCUCUCAUGCUAGCAUUGCAGACUCCGGAGGGUCCGGUGUGGGUGCUGAGAUGGCCAAUGAGAAUCAUGGCAGCCCCCGGGAGGAAGCGUCCUUGCUGAGUCACUCCCCAGGCACCUCCAAUCAGAGCCAGCCCUGUUCUCCAAAGCCCAUCUGCCUGGUGCAAGACCUCCCAGAGGAGCUGGUGCAUGCGGGCUGGGAGAAGUGCUGGAGCAGGAGGGAGAACCGUCCCUACUACUUUAACAGAUUCACCAACCAGUCCCUGUGGGAGAUGCCUGUGCUGGGCCAGCAUGACGUUAUUUCUGACCCUUUGGGGCUGAAUGUGACUCCACUGCCCCAAGACUCAAGCUUGGUGGAAACCCCUCCGGCUGAGAACAAGCCCCGAAAGCGGCAGCUCUCGGAGGAGCAGCCAAGCGGCAAUGGUGUGAAGAAACCCAAAAUCGAAAUCCCUGUGACACCCACAGGUCCAUCGGUGCCCAGCUCCCCCAGUGUCCCAGGAACCCCAACACUGAAGAUUUGGGGGACGUCCCCUGAAGAUAAACAGCAGGCAGCUCUCCUCCGACCCACUGAGGUGUACUGGGAUCUUGAUAUCCAGACCAACGCUGUCAUCAAGCACCGGGGCCCUUCAGAGGUGCUGCCCCCGCAUCCUGAGGUGGAGCUGCUCCGCUCCCAGCUCAUCCUGAAGCUCCGGCAGCACUACCGGGAGCUGUGCCAGCAGCGAGAGGGCAUUGAGCCCCCUCGGGAAUCUUUCAAUCGCUGGAUGUUGGAACGCAAGGUCGUGGACAAAGGCUCUGACCCAAUGUUGCCAAGCAACUGUGAACCGGUGGUAUCGCCUUCCAUGUUUCGUGAAAUCAUGAAUGACAUUCCCAUCAGGUUAUCCCGAAUCAAGUUCCGGGAGGAAGCCAAGCGCCUGCUUUUUAAAUAUGCAGAGGCUGCGAGGCGGCUUAUCGAGUCCAGGAGUGCAUCCCCUGACAGCAGGAAGGUGGUCAAGUGGAACGUGGAGGACACCUUCAGCUGGCUGCGGAAGGACCACUCAGCCUCCAAGGAGGACUAUAUGGAUCGCUUGGAGCAUCUGCGGAAACAGUGUGGCCCCCAUGUCUCGGCCGCAGCCAAGGACUCCGUGGAGGGCAUCUGCAGUAAGAUCUACCACAUCUCCCUGGAGUACGUCAAACGGAUCCGAGAGAAGCACCUUGCCAUCCUCAAGGAAAACAACAUCUCAGAGGAGGUGGAGGCCCCAGAGGUGGAGCCCCGCCUGGUAUACUGCUACCCAGUACGGCUGGCUGUGUCUGCGCCCCCCAUGCCCAGUGUGGAGAUGCAUAUGGAGAAUAAUGUGGUCUGCAUACGGUAUAAGGGAGAGAUGGUCAAGGUCAGCCGCAACUACUUUAGUAAGCUGUGGCUCCUUUACCGCUAUAGUUGCAUUGAUGACUCUGCCUUUGAGAGGUUCCUGCCCCGAGUCUGGUGUCUUCUUCGACGGUACCAGAUGAUGUUUGGCGUGGGCCUCUACGAGGGGACAGGCCUGCAGGGAUCGCUGCCGGUGCACAUCUUCGAGGCCCUCCACCGACUCUUCGGUGUCAGCUUUGAGUGCUUUGCCUCACCCCUCAACUGCUACUUCCGCCAGUACUGCUCUGCUUUCCCCGACACAGACGGCUACUUUGGCUCCCGAGGGCCCUGCCUAGAUUUCUCCCCGCUGAGUGGUUCCUUCGAGGCCAACCCUCCUUUCUGCGAGGAGCUCAUGGACGCCAUGGUCUCUCACUUCGAGAAACUGCUCGAGAGCUCACCAGAGCCCCUGUCCUUCAUUGUGUUCAUCCCUGAGUGGCGGGAACCCCCGACACUGGCGCUCACCCGCAUGGAGCAGAGCCGAUUUAAACGCCACCAGCUGGUCCUGCCUGCCUUUGAGCAUGAGUACCGCAGUGGGUCCCAACACAUCUGCAAGAAGGAGGAGAUGCACUACAAGGCCGUCUACAAUGCAGCUGUGCUCUUCCUGCAGAACGACCCUGGCUUUGCCAAGUGGGGGCCAACGGCUGAGAGGCUGCAGGAGCUGAGCACCGCCUACCGGCAGUCAGGCCGCAGCCAUGGCUCCAGCUCCUCCUCCUCAUCCUCCUCGGAGGCCAAGGACCGGGACUCAGGCCGAGAGCAGGGCCCUAGCCGAGAGUCUCACCCAACUUAACACAUCUUGCGGGGAGGAGGAGCCCCAGGGUGCUGGUAUGGACUGCUGGGACUCAGGGCUCUCCAGCUGCCAAUGACACAGGAAGACUAUGGCUCUGCCGAGGCUCCCCCUCCCUGCCCCGCCUCCCAACUUCCCACCUCAAACUCCAAGUCCCCUGUAAAUAGGCCCCACGCCUUCUCUCCCCCCCAAUCUGUGCCACCUUGUUUCAUUUGUAAAAGGAAAUACAGAAAC